CUCUCUCUGUCUCACUGGGAUGGACUUAGACUGGUGGAUGGGGUUCAGAACUUGAAGCUUUGCUGUUGGUCCUUAUUGUCAGGAUCUGACGCCAGGGGUGGCCUGGGCUUGGAUUUGGAGUAGAACGAAAGGCCUUUAAGGGGAUCACAGGGUAGAAACCUGAAGCUAAACUGGAAGUUGUUAUUAGUGUUAAGUUUGGAGCCUAGGACACUGGAAGAAGAUUUGUUAUUUAAUUUUUUUAGACAUUUAAACCUGGAACACAAGAUUCUGAGCUUGAAGUGAAGAUCUUGUUGGCUAUUAUUAAUCAAGAGAGACUGUGAUGACUGCCAACAGCAUGCCUAAGCAAGUGGAGGUACGAAUGCAUGAGAGCCACCUGGAGCCCAUCGAGGCCACACCACGCUCCAAAUGUGCGCUCAUCUGCCAGAAGAUGCGCAAGAACCUGCUCCUCACACUCACAGUUAUGGGUGUGAUAUUGGGAGCUGUAUUUGGUUGUCUGCUGCGUGUGGCCUCUCCUAUUGAUGACAAUAUUGUCAUGGUAAUUGCAUUCCCUGGAGACAUUCUAAUGAGGAUGCUAAAAAUGCUUAUCCUUCCUCUCAUCAUCUCCAGUUUAAUCACAGGCCUUGCAGGUCUAGAUGCCAAGUCUAGUGGCCGUCUGGGUACUAGAGCCAUGAUUUAUUACAUGACCACCACUAUAAUUGCUGCCGUGCUGGGAGUAAUACUGGUGCUGAUCAUCCAUCCUGGCAACCCAAAACUAAAGGAGGGACUUGGAGAAGGACUCAAGAACGAUGAUGUCUCAAGCCUUGAUGCCUUUUUUGACCUCAUUAGAAACCUCUUCCCUGAGAACUUGGUGCAGGCUUGCUUCCAGCAGAUCCAGACUGUUGUAAAGAAGGUUGAGAUUGAGCCAGAAUAUGAUGACACCAACAGUACAAUGGAUGAAUUCCUUUCGGGUGCCACCAAGCCUCCUCCCAUAUUCAAGGAAAAGAAGUCCCUGCAGUUUAAGAGUGGAAUGAAUGUUUUGGGUUUGAUUGGAUUCUUUAUUGCCUUUGGUAUCUGCAUGGGCAAGAUGGGUGAGAGGGCAAGGCUAAUGAUUGAAUUCUUCAACAUCCUGAAUGAGAUUGUGAUGAAGCUCGUCAUCUUGAUCAUGUGGUAUUCUCCCUUCGGUAUUGCCUGCUUGAUUUGUGGUAAGAUUAUCUCCAUCAAGGAUUUGGAAGUAGUGGCCAGACAGCUGGGGAUGUACAUGGUUACAGUCAUCAUUGGCCUCAUCAUUCAUGGUGCCAUUUUCCUACCAUGCAUUUACUUUGCUAUUGUGAGAAAAAAUCCCUUCACAUUCUUCAUGGGUAUCUUCCAAGCCUGGAUCACUGCCCUGGGAACAGCUUCAAGUGCUGGCACGCUUCCUGUCACCUUCCGCUGUCUAGAGGACAACCUGGGCAUUGACAAGAGAGUAACCCGCUUUGUACUGCCUGUUGGUGCAACAAUCAAUAUGGAUGGCACUGCUCUUUAUGAGGCAGUAGCUGCUAUCUUCAUUGCCCAGAUGAAUGGCAUUGUCCUGGACCCUGGUCAGAUUGUCACAGUCAGUCUUACAGCUACUCUGGCCAGUGUUGGAGCAGCCAGUAUUCCCAGUGCAGGUCUGGUCACCAUGCUGCUCAUUCUGACAGCAGUGGGACUGCCGACUCAGGAUAUCAGUCUUCUGGUUGCUGUUGACUGGCUUCUGGAUCGUUUCCGUACUUCUGUCAAUGUGGUGGGUGACUCAUACGGUGCUGGGAUUGUGUAUCACCUGUCUAAAGCUGAGCUGGAUGCCCUGGAUGCUCAGCAUGGGAAGUCUGAUGACAUAGAGAUGACCAAGACACCGUCCUACUAUGAUGACCUCAAGAACCAUCAUGAAAACAACUCCAACCAGUGCGUCAUUGCUGCUCCAAAUUCAGUCGUAGUAGAUGAGUGCAAGGUAACCUCGGCGGCCACAAAUGGCUCGACUACGGAGUUUGCACUCAUUGAAGAGGAACCGCAAAAGAGUGAUUAAUGCGAGCACACAGAUCCUCCUGUAUUCGAGUCCCCAAGUUUUUUAUCUACUGAAAAAAGAGAGGAAUAAAAAGACCUGCUGAAAUCAUGCAAACAGAACAAAUGAUGGGUUUUGUAGUUUAAGCUUCCCCCAUUACAGUUCAUUUUAUCUGAAAUAACCUAUACUAAUGUAACAAGGGAUUACAAUCACACUGUCUGAUAGUGCACUUACAUGUGCCUAUGAACUAACACUUGCAUAGAAAGCAAGGCUUGGCUGAAUAAAAGGAGAAAUAAUAUAUUGUAUACCUUAAAGUAUUUCUGAUAUUAAUAUAUACUGUAUCAUAUGCAUUCUGUGUCUCUCAAAACUGGUAUGAUGUGAAUAUUUGAAUGCUGUUAAUGACUUUUAGAAAAUAGGGAGAGAGUACGCAGAAAACCCAUCACUUUGCUUAGAACUAAAGAAGCCAGUGCAGUGCCAAUGCCUUCCUGUUCUUUUACAGCAAUAGUCAUUUACUCCUGGAUAACCUCACUCCAUGACCUCUGAUCCAUAAUCUGGCACAAUCUGUUAGUGCCUUUGCUAUCCAAGUGUGUCUGAGAUCCCCAGUCAUCUGCAGGCAGAUCUGGGCUUGUGUAACAACACCAUAUCAAAAAAAAAUCACCUUGACAUUAAAAUCCAUCCGAAUGGUGUAGCAUAUAUGAUUACUGACCAGGGGCUAGUGUUUAUUCCCCCAACUGUACUGAAAGAAAUUAGUACAAGCAGUAAGUUGGUUUACAAAUGCUAAAAUUUGAAUACCUAUACCAUAAACAUAGGCAUAAGUUUAGCUACAUCGUUUACGUUUAUCAUCACUUUGCCCUCUGUCGGGUUUGACUGAGUAAGUUAUGAGGUUCGCUUUUCUAGCAACUCUUCUGUAGAAUCUGUGUACACUCUCUCAAAAGACAGAUUUACAAAAAAAACAAAAAAAAAACAAUUCUUAGUAUGCGUUACAUGUAGAAUUCGAUUAAGAAGCCCUGGUGUUACAAGAAAAUUAUAAUAACUGUAGAUGUUACUUCACACGCAUGAAGAAAUCAAAAGCACAAGCCAUGAGACUGAAUGCUUCCCCUUUGGGACCUUCUCUUUUUUCCAUUUACUCCUUUAUUUACAUGAGAGAACUGAUAUGAGAAGGUGGGACUAGGGCCAAUUAGAACAUCAGCGAAUGGACCAAACAAGCAACAGCCCAUAGUAUUUUUGACAUUCCCUAAAACUGAUGUGAAUAAUAAACAAUCUACCUUUAGCCUAAAAGCGCACACUGCCUUUUGUAGACAGCAUUAGAGCUGGUAAAAUAUCUCGGACUACUGAUAUUUAGCACAUCAUGCGGAAAAGGAAUAAAUAAAAAGCAGCUUUAUUGCUAUUUUAACAACAUAUUUAAAAAUGCAUGUCUUCGAAUGUCAUUCACAGUUAAUCUCUAUGUUUGUCUUGAUUGGGUGAAACAUUAAGUAUUUAAAAAAUUUAACUUUGUGCCCGAAACAAAAAUUAUAAUCACGUACAGUACUCUAAAUGAGUGAAUGCAUAGCACAAGGUGUUUAGUUUUCAAAUUCUUACACUCUCCUUUCUUUCUUCUCCUAUUUGCAGAUUGUAGAACGUUAGAUACUCAGGCAAAUAAAGAUGCACUCAGUGUUAUCAGGGAAGACAUGUUCCUAAUGCAGCCAGAUGAAAUAUUUUAUACUAAGCCCUCUGAACAUGCUGGAGAGUGAUUACUGUUUACAAUUACACAGUGGGUUUACAGCUUGCCAACUGCCUAUUGCCUUUUCAUUAUAAAGUCUUGCACUGUAUGUUUCAGCUUCUCACACUUACUGUCUAUGAGUUUCUAUUAUAAAACAAAUAAAACACUUUUUAAAAUCAAGAAAGCAAGUUUUACCUUCUACCCUGCCAAAAUAAAAAGGAAUAUUUUUAAAAUAACAUCAAAUGAAAAGCACAUUUUAAGGAACAAUGUUAUGGCUUACAUUACAAUUCGCAUUACCUUGACAUGUUUCUUAUUUUAAAGCACACUAAACAAUCAGAAAUUAAGAAAAAUGUAGCAAGUCUAAAUAAAACGAGAAACGUAAGGCAAAAACGAUAAAUAAAAGUGGAAGAGAGCAAAAGUUUAUGAGAAAACACUACCAGCUAGAGCAUCUCAGUACAAUAGAGUUGUGAACUAGUGCUACUCACUGCUAUCCUUAGAUGUCUCUGUCCUUUAACACUCACUCCGUAAAAUAUUUCCCCUUUCCGAAACAUGACUAUGACUGUUGUGGCAGACCCACCAUGCUGCAAUACCUACCUACACUGACAGCACAAACCUCAAGAAUUAUAAUAACUGAAACCAGAAAUGCAGAGUAUUACCACUUAACCAAAUUAUGAAUGAAAGUGCACAAAACAUAUACAUAGGCAUGUUUUUUAAUGGAUGGUUGUAGUAAAUUUGCUUAGUAACCAAUUUUAAAAUCUGCCUUGCCUCUAAAACCAUUAACCGCUAUGUAUUGUGUGGAUAUUUUGUAUGAUUCGUUUUUUUUUAUUUUUUUUAAAAUCUUAACACAUAUGUUUGUAGCAGUAGAAAACCACAUUGUGAGGAGCACAAAUAUAACAAAAAGCGCAGCCCUUUGUAACACUGAGUUCUGUGCCAAGAGAAUCAUCACUGCAUCUCUGUCUUGUGUUUUGAUUUGCUGUUACUCUAUCUCAACGUUAAUGCUUAUCAGACACUAUCACCUAUGAGGAGAUGUUGAUUUGAUGAUGUUCUAGUACCUAAGGACUGUCAUCAACUCACAGAAAUGUGGACAUUUCAUUUUCUUUCUCUCUUUUUUGGGAACCAUUUACUUCAAAGCAUGAUGUGAAAGUGCCUCCAUGCACUUUGUGUACAUAUUGUAGGUAAUGGAUUUGUUUUCUGUUAUUUUUAAUGUAGUGUUUAAUUGCGUGACUUUUUAUAAUCCUAUAGAAGUGUGCCUUCUAUGUCAUGGAUACAUGUAUUAGAUUAGAAAACAUAUAAAAUUGUGUGUAAUAUAUUGCUUGUUCCUAAGCUUAAAUAGCUGUAUGUAGCUAUCUCACAUAAAUGUUCUAUAUCCAAUAUAUAUCAUUUUUGUAUCUAAUGUUUUGAAUGUUUGUUCCCUGCAGGAAAAGUCAUGUGUUCAUUCAGUUUCAUUGUACAUAAUUAUAAAUAUAUGAUAUAAACACACAAUAUAUUACAGUCUGCCAUUAGGAAAUCUUAGUAGAAGGCAAGAAAAGCAAGUCUGACACUAUAAGGAUGCGUCCGCUCUUCGCCUGACGUUUUGCCAUUUGAAUGUUUUGCCAUCUCAGCUAGGAUGCAAAGAAUAUCAAAUUAGGAGCAGUAAGUGUAAAGCUCCAAGAUGAGCUAAAUGCUUCUUUGAAAUUUGGUGGCAGAAAGCAAGAGCAAUCAUUUUUGUCAAACUGGCAGCAUUCUUAUUGUGUUCUAUGCUCCUUUGUGGUUUCUGUUGGAUUGUCCAAUAGAGAUGUUGCUUGAAUUAUGGUUCAAGUCCAGAGGUCUUUUUUCACUUCCAGAAAUAAAAAAAAACUAGUCAAU